AUGGCGUCACGAGCCUAUAGAGAGAAGCGGAAACAGAAACUGGCAUUGCUGGACCAGAUCUUGAAGACGGAAAACGAAGAAGCAUCAACAUCACCGUCCGAAUCAGACGAUUACAAGGAUACCUUGUCAAUUCCAUCCUCUAGCAGAGACACAUCGCAAAGCCCUGUUCCCGUACAUCAAAAUCUGGUGGCCACUACGGCAUGGCCGUCCUCAAGCCAGACAUUAGCGUCCACGGCAAGCUUCGCCAGCGAACCGUUCGAGAACUUGUGGAUGCAUGACUACGAUCGCAAUAACAAUCUUUUCGAUAACAGUCACCAGUUCAUGACUCCGUUUCAGCCAAGUAAUGGUACAGUAGCGGGGACUUCAGAUCGGUUCCCACCGUCCCUGGCUUCAGUAUCAUCCUUGCCCACGAUGCCAUCAAUAUCCAUGGAUCCCAUGCUCGCAGUACCGCAUACUGAACCACAACUUCUUGAGCAGCAAUAUCCAUCAUCACGCAAGCAGCAGGGACGGUUCGAGAUCACCUGUACCACCACGACUUUGUUGAAGGUCCUCUACUACAACUUGAAACUUCGAGAUGGAACCAGAGUAGCCGGAGCAAAGAACAUGCACAUGAGCCAAGUGUCAGGGAGCUCAGAGCCCGAGGUGAAUACCCUAGAUUACUCUACGCCCAACUAG